AUGGUGGUGCUUCUGACAUGGCCUACUCUUAGGUGGGCAUCCGAGGAACCGGAAAACGUCGAACUCCUUCUCAGCUUGGGAGGCCAUGCUGGGGGAAAACCUCCGCUGUACUUCGCAGUUCGACACUCAGGGUCAUCCCUGCGCCACGAUGAGGCGAACAUGGGUACCCUGAGCCGCAUCCUUAGAGCAUUUUUAGGUGCAGGAUCAGAGUCCUUGCGUCCCGCAAGCGAUGCUAUCGAAGCGCCCUCCUCUUUUGGCUGGGCACGGCACAAUCCAACUUAUUGGAGUGACAUGCGUAAUACUAAAAUUAUGCGAUCUUUUGGCAACGAAAUGCGCCCAAUAAAACAAUCACUUACGGACCGUGAUUUCGACCUUUAA